UACAACAGCCAAACAAACACCUUAUUCCAUGUCAGGCCUUUACCUUUGCCUGCAGAGUGUCCCUGGGAGGGGUAGGAUGCAUCAGCACUUGGCCUUGAGGGUGCUGACUAAGAAACCUGUGGUGUCUGGGUUCUUGCAAUGUGAACUUGCAGCUGAGCCCAAGCAAACGGGGCUGUGACAGGCAUUGCCAGCGAAGAGCAGCUGGGUGCCUGGGAAACCCCUUCUGUGCCAUGGAGAUCACGUGCAGCUCCGCUGGCAAGAUUGCCUUGCUACCCCGCCCCUCCGUCCUGCUGCGAUGAGUGGGAAGUCCUUGCUCCUAAAGGUCAUUCUCCUCGGAGAUGGUGGAGUUGGGAAGAGCUCCCUCAUGAAUCGGUACGUCACCAACAAGUUUGACUCGCAGGCGUUCCACACGAUUGGGGUGGAGUUCUUGAACCGAGACCUGGAGGUGGACGGGCGUUUUGUGACCCUCCAGAUUUGGGACACUGCGGGACAGGAGAGGUUCAAGAGCCUGCGGACCCCCUUUUACCGGGGAGCAGACUGCUGCCUGCUGACCUUCAGCGUGGAUGACCGGCAGAGCUUUGAGAACCUCAGUAACUGGCAGAAGGAGUUUAUCUAUUACGCUGAUGUGAAGGACCCUGAACACUUCCCAUUCGUAGUCCUGGGCAACAAGAUAGACAAACUGGAGAGACAGGUGAGCACAGAGGAGGCCCGGGCCUGGUGCAUGGAAAACGGUAACUAUCCGUACCUGGAGACUAGUGCCAAGGAUGACACCAAUGUGACAGUGGCUUUUGAGGAAGCCGUGAGACAGGUGCUGGCGGUGGAGGAGCAGCUGGAGCACUGCAUGCUGGGCCACACCGUUGACCUGCACUCCAGCUCCAAAUCGGGGUCUUCCUGUUGUUGAGAGUGGCUUCUGCUUCAGGAACUCUCGAGCCAGCGGCUGGAUUGGAACACACCUGGGCAGCCCUGGGGCACUCUUAGGAGAGUGGCCACAAGGACAAGAGGUGGUUUGCUCACUGGGGAGCUGCAGCCUCACCAUCUGAAUCCUGCCUGGAGUUUUCAGGCACAGAGCAUGUAUCUGCAGGAGGGAGCUGUUAACAGAGCAUGUGAGCAUAGUCUUGCUUCCAUCUCUGUUUUAGCAGGUUUGAAGGGCUGGGUUAAAGUCCUUUAAAUUCACUAAAGACAAUAGGGAUUUGUUCUGUACCAAGAACUGCCUGCAGAGCAAAGCUGAGAGCAUCCUAGACACUGAAGUAUUUUAGUCCUGAAUUAAAAAAAUACUAGACCCACUCAUGACCAUACUGCCAAAGGAAAUCCCACUCAGCAUACUGAACAAAACCUGUUGUAAAGACUCUGGCCCAUAUGACUGUGAGAAACACACAUCCCAGCCACUCCAAUAUUUGGCUAUCUGUUGUUUGGGAUAAGUGCAUUGUGUCCUGAGGCUGAAUUGUGAUGAGAAUUGUUAGAGCUCUGACCUGAAGCAACAUAUGAAGGAGAGAUGGGCCUGUGUUCAAAUGUGACAGCAUUGUUUGUUCAUAGCUGCCUAUUUCUGGUCUGUUUUUCCUCACCUCUGACUUUGUCUUGUGUGAGUGUUAUUUUUUGGAGAGACUGUGUGCUUGUUGUUUAAUACAUGUUUCCUUGUGUCUUGUGGAGGCUCAGCCUUGAAGCCCUCUGUGAAAAACACUGAUGUGGACACUCACUGGGUCAUGUCAAAGGAUUACUCAGGAGAUCUGGAGUGUGAAACUUCAGCUGGUUUCUGUCACAAGUAAUCACUGUGUUCAGGUGAUGUGCUCUAGCAGACCAGAUGGCGGGUGGGUGGGCUGUCUCCUAGGUGUGCAGGUGGUUGGGGGACUCCUGUGUGGUCAGCUGUUAAGCCCACUUGCUGUCUGGCAGUGGUGGCCACUGUGCCUCGUUAACUGGCAGAUCCAUGCCUUCAGUGUCUCUGGCAUGGGAAUGCUGCAGCAUGGCACCAUUCACCUGUUGUGUCAGGCACAGGUCUGCUGAACACAGUUAACCCAUGCCAUUGGCCUGGCCCUUGAUCCCUUGUGGGAAAUCCAGGAUGUUUUAUCUGUAAUUCCUAUGAGAGACUGGUCAUGAGUGUCUGCUCCGUUAGCUGACUGCUGUGUUCAGUCCAGCGGGGAGAAAGCUGCACCACUUCCUCUGUUCAAGAUGGCUGAAAAAUAGGCAUGGGGGCCCCAAGGAACCUUCUAGAAGGGAUGCCAGGCUUUGCUCCCAUCUCCUGCUCCCUGCUAGGUGUUAGUCCCAGGCUGUCUGUGUAGCAGGGAUGAGUUUGCUGACUGCUGUCUUUGCCAUUCAAACCUCGUGCCGUGCAAGCAUUUGCCCACAGGCACGUAGGAGCCUGCCCCGAGCACGUAUCCACUGGCUGCCGGGUGUGAUUCCCACUGUGAUCAGCUGCUGGAUGGUAAAUCUUGUAGCUCAAAUCAAGCAGCCCUCCAUUAAGCUGUGCUUUAGAGCAGGGCAGUCUCUGCAGCUUGUCUCCAUCACAGCACAGUCUCUGAGCAUGCGGAGCAUGAACAUUCCCCCAUUUCCUCUGGGGUAAUCCAGGGAGAUCUUGUCCUCUGCAGGGCAACUGUGUGUGGAAGGCACUGGAGUAUUAAUGCUUUAGAGGGGUCUGAUUUCCAAACAGGCCUGAACAGUUGUAUUCAUGGGGAGUGAAUGCUAUCCAGGCAGCUCUUGCAGCCUCUGGAAAAACAGGUCCCUUAAGGUUCUGCCUCUGUAGGUGCAAGAUUUUACAGGAUGUUAUUGUUCCUGUUUAUUUACCUGGCUGACCUCCCGAGGCCUCUAGAUUUUUCUUCUUUAACACUGCUUGAUAUUUCCUUCAAGGUCCCAGGCUCUGUGACCUGUGUUUCCAGUUUCCAUCACUGAACAGCCUCAUUCCUAGAGCUGGUUUGCACAUGGGCUCGGGGUCAGAACACACUCAAGCCCUCGUGUGCUGGCUGGCCCUGCCAGGGAGCCUGCUGAGGGAGCUCCCUGCAGGUGAAACUGCCACUUCCCCAUGGAUCUCCUGGGAUCUGUGUGAGGACUGGCACAUCCUGUGGAAGAGGGCAGAGAUUCAGCAUGCCACGGUGCAGGAGGCACAUGUGCAGCUGUUUGCAGUACACUGUGCAUGUCAAUGCUGGUAGCUAAAGCUCAAGAGCCUCGUUGUGCACGUGUUAUACAGCACCUUUUUAUUUCUAACAGACAUUGUAUUGUUGACUUUUUUAAUAUUAAAGCCCCCUAUUAUAUUAGGCUUACAUGGCUUUUUAAAAAAGGUAUAGUAUAAUAUAUUUCAGUUGUUAAAUUUAUUUUAAAUGAAACGCACAAUUCCCAAAGAAGCCAGGAUUUUGAACUCUGUUGGAAGUUUGGUGCCAACAGCCAUCCCUUCCUUGUGUCCACUCGUGCUGCUGCGGUUGUUGCUAUUGCUACAGAACUGGAAUUGUAAAACCAAGAUUCUACCUUUAUUUAAACAAAUAAAACAUGGAUGUAUUCAAGUGA